GCAACAGUUCCUGUUUUCUUUCUUGUUGCUCAGAGAGGAAACAUGUCUUUCACAUGCAAACAUCAGUCAGUGUGUGGAACAGUAAGCAGAGACUGUUAUCGUUAAAGUAGACAAUGACUGAUAUGUGUCUGAAGAGAUGAAGAGUAACAGUUACCAGGAUCUUCAUGGAGAAUGUAAAUAUGGAGCAAAAGGCUGAUGACGAAGUAAAUAAAGACUUUCGAGGAUUUCUCCCAGAGUCAGUUCCAUCAGUUCAGGCUUCAAUUCAUCAUUUCCAGCCCAGCUUCACUGCUCAGAGCGGCAGCAAUGUGGUCGCUCCCUCUAUCAUUGGCUCCUGCAUUGGCAGUGUCAACAUUAGUAUAUCUAUGUCCAAAGGAUCUAAUGACUUCUCUGCCGAAUCUUUGAAUCAAGACAUUGCAGGCAGCUGUGGUGCUCAGAAGAUCCAAAAUAAAGUUGAGGAGUGUCAACAGAAAGUGAAAGCAACUCUAAGGCGAAAGUUCAGUCAUUUAACUGUGGGGACUGCGACAAAUGCAAAUAAGAUACCUCUCAAACAGAUCUACACGGAGCUGUACAUCACUGAGGGAGGAUGUGGUGAAGUCAAUAAAGAGCACGAAGUGAGACAGAUGGAGAUUGCUUCUAAGAGAUGUGUAACCCAGGAGAAAUCAAUCAACUGCAAUUGUCUAUUUGAUUGUCCACCCGGAGGAGAACGCCACAGAAGAACUGUGGUCACGAGGGGAGUUGCUGGUAUUGGAAAAACUGUAUUGGCCAAAAAGUUUGCUCUUGACUGGGCGGAGGACCAGGCAAACACAGACAUAGAUUUUGUUUUUUCCCUCUCGUUUCGAGAGAUGAAUUUAGAGAGAAAGAAAACCGUCAGUUUUGUGGAGCUCCUCUGCAUCUUUUACCCUGAAAUAAACGACACAGAAAUCUUUAUCAAGUCUGAAAGCAAAAUGCUCUUCAUCCUGGAUGGUCUGGAUGAGAGUCGACUGUCUUUGGGCUUUCAGAAAAGUGAAAUAAUGUCAGACGUCACACAGCCAACCACAGUUUCUGUAAUUCUGACAAACCUGAUCAGGGGAGAUCUCCUUCCUUUGGCUCUUAUUUGGAUUACAUCUCGACCAGUGGCUACUGCUCAAAUCCCAGUUGAGUAUAUUGAUCUGCUCACUGAGGUCCGGGGGUUUAACAACUCACAAAAAGAUGAGUACUUCAGGAGAAAGAUCCCUGACAAAACCAUAUCAAAUCGUGUGAUCACACAUGUGAAAUCCUGCAGAAGUCUCCACAUCAUGUGCCACAUACCAAUCUUUUGCUGGAUGGCGGCAAUUGUUCUCGAGAAGAAGCUGGCGAAUGAAGAGAGCAAGGAUACACCGAAGAGUCUCACACAGAUGUACAUUAAUUUCUUGUACCACCAUAUGGAGGAAAUGAAGAAAAGACUGCCGAGAAGAGACUCUAGCGCUGACUGUGUAAAAGACCUCCUUGCUUUGGGGAAACUUGCUUUCAGGGAGCUCGAAAAGGGCCACCUGAUCUUCUAUGAGAGUGACCUAAUCCGUAAUGGAUUCAAUGUCACACAGGCUUCCAUAUUUUCAGGAGUCUACACAGAGAUUUUUAGUGAGGAGAUGACACUGUGUGAAGAGAAGAUGUUUUGCUUUGUGCAUUUGAGUAUUCAAGAAUUCUUUGCAGCGCUGUAUGUCUUCCUCACUUUCCACAACGAAAACAACAAUGUUUUGGUCAAGAAAUCAUCUGUGUCACGCCGUUUGCUGUCAAGAGAAUCAUCAGAGGUCAUUCUUUAUAAAGAAGCUGUAGAAAAGGCAUUGCGUUGUGAAAAUGGGCAUUUUGACAUCUUUCUGCGCUUCCUUUUGGGUUUAUCACUGGAAUCCAAUCAGACCGUGCUGAAGAACUUAAUGACCAGCAAUAAAACACAUCAAAGAACUAGAACUGAAAUCAUUAAACACAUAAAGGAGAGGAUCAGGGUCAGCGAAUCUCCAGACAGGUGCCUCAAUCUUUUUCACUGUCUGAAUGAGCUGAAUGACCACUCUCUUGUGGAGGAAAUUCAGGACAUCUUCAGCGCAGGCAUUUUGAACCAAGUCACCCUUUCACCUGCCCAGUGGGCCACACUGAUCUUUGUAUUGCUAACCUCAGAAGAGGAGCUUAGUGUGUUUGAUCUGAGCAACUACAUGAGGUCAGAGGAGGGGCUCCUGAGACUAAUGCCUGUUGUAAAAACAGCUCAAGUGGCAAAUUUAAAAGCAUGCAACCUCACUGUGAUGUGUUGUGAAAAUCUCGCCAAUGGUAUCAGCUCAUCCCAACUCAGAGAGCUGGACCUAAGCAACAACAACCUGACAGAUUCGGGACUGAAGCAACUCUCUGAUGGACUGAACAACGGCAAACUGGAGAAACUGAGACUAAGAAGCUGCAACCUAACAGAGGACAGCUCUGUUACUUUAGCCUCAGUUAUCAGCUCCUCUGGCUGCCAACUCAAAGUCCUGGAUCUUACCGAUAAUGACUUUCAGGACAUUGGGGUUAGGAACUUCUCGAUUGGACUGGGAAGUUCUUACUGCAAACUGGAGCAGCUUUGUUUGUCAGGAUGCAGAGUUACAGAGGAGGGGUGCACAUUCCUGGCAUCUGCACUGAAUUCUUCCCACCUGAAAGACCUUGACCUGAGCUACAACCAUCCAGGAAGGUCUGGCCUGAUGCUACUUUCAGCUCUGCUGGAGGACCCACACUGCACACUACAGACACUCAGUGUGCAGCAGUGUGAUGAAUCCAGAAUCCAACCUGGCCCAAGGAAAUACAUUAAGAAAUUGACCCUGGACCCAAACACAGCACACAGGGAUCUUUCUCUUUCCCAUGGGAACCAGAAAGCAACUCGCUGGACCAAGCAGUCAUAUCCUGAUCACCUGGACAGGUUUGAUUUCUGGACUCAGGUGUUGUGCAGGGAGGGACUGACCGGGCGCUGCUACUGGGAGACAGAGUGGACUGGGAGGGUCUGUAUCGGUGUGGCCUACAGACAGUUAUGCAGGAAAGGAGAAGGACAUGACUGCUGGUUAGGCCGGAAUGACUUCUCCUGGGGCCUAAACUGCAACAAAGACGGCUACAGGAUUCUUCAUGGAAACAUGAAUGAUGUUGUGCCUGCAACACCCAACUCCAAUAAAGUAGGAGUUUACUUGGACUGGACGGCAGGAGCACUAUCUUUCUUUAGGGUCUCCUGUGGUGACCUGACUCUCCUCCACACCUUUCACACCACCUUCACUGAGCCUGUCUAUCCUGGGUUCCACCUUAGCUGGGUGGACUCAACCGUGCUGUUAUGUUAAUCCAGGAAAUUUUCCUCGUAUCUCCUGGUCUGGAGAAAUCAGGUUCUCCAACUCCUACCUGAGCCAAGUGUUGAAAUGUUUUGAGCCUCCUCACUGUUUUAUUUUGGACAAUUUAACAAAAAUGUAUUUAUUAUAUAAAAACUGAACAUGAGGAAUCCUGAGAAAGAUAAUUUAGAGUUCCUGAGUUUGAUGCAAUAUGAAGAAUGUUCAAAAUGAUAAUUGUGCUUUAAAUGAGGCCUUUACUCCUUUUUGUAUUUUUCCAACAUUUUCACAUCGGUUUAAAUUUAAAUAAAUUCUCAAGUAUAAAAAAAA